CUAAUCCCUGCCAGCCCAACUCCCCAACUACCUAAGUGAAGGCCCUGCCCUUUAGCCCCUGCGUAGAAUCACAGCCUCACACUGUGAGGUCACAGGGCUUCACACCAGCGAAGGUCGACGGAACGAGCAUCUCAGUGACGGAGGGGACCGGACGACAUACGAGAGUCACGAGACGAAGACGACCUACGGAGACCACGGACCACCCUUCGGUCCUUCUUCUGAUUUCCGGCGUCAUCUUCAGUGCGACGGUACUCCCAUUUCUAGACUCCAGUUGGAUAGGUUGUUUGACAAACAAUCGCUAUGCUACGAUAUUAUGCACCGAUACCUAAACAGACGAGCAUUGGUGGUUCUUCAUCGAAUAAUUUAGUUUCUUCGUCAGAUAAUGUCACUCCUAACAAUGAAAAUAAUGUUGAAAAGGCUCGAAUAGAAGUUGAAUUGUCGGAUGAUGACAUUACUAGUGAUCCUGGAUUGCGUAAACAGAUUGACACUUACGAUGUUAACAUUAGAGACGAGAUGAGGAGACGUUAUUUGACAAAAGGUCCUUGCCAACCACGUGGGAUGAAAUUUCCACAGACUGAAUUUAGUGGGCACAAUCGAUCAUUUCAAAAGCAUUGGUUUGAAGAAUUUAAUUGGUUGGAAUAUAGUGUUGUCAAGGAUGCAGCAUUCUGCCAUUUGUGCUAUUUGUUUGCUAGAGGUCAUAAAAAUGGGGAUGAUGCUUUUACUGAAGUUGGGUUUAAUAACUGGAAGAAAGCUAAGGAAAGAUUCCGUAAGCACGAAGGAGGAGGCAUACAUCUUUAUGCAAAAAUUCAACGAUCCGGGUUUCAAAACCAAAAGCAAAAUGUAGAUUAUUUAUUAUCGCAGCAAACCAAGAAAGAUGAGAAUUGCACAACAAGAUUGGAGAAGAAAACUUGACAGAUUGCUUGGUGUGUUCCAUUAGGAAAGAUGUUUUUGUUAAAAUGGAGAAUGAUGUCAUUAUGAAGUGAUUUCUGAGUAUGGCACCUCAAAUACAAAGAUUGCCGCCUCUCAAUUACUCUCAUUUAUUUGAUGCAUCAGAUUCUAAUCAAAACUAAGGUACUCUUUAAUUAGUUGUUGUGUUUAAAUUUUAUUGUUUUAUUUAUUGCUAUAUUCGGGAUAUAUAUGAUUUUUGUGCUAAUGUGCCCCCAAAUCACGAGUUCUGGUUGGUGCAAACGUCAUAUGUUUCUAACCAUAUAUGACAUUACAUAUUAUUUACGUCAUGAACCCUUAGGUUAUGUUUCAGGAAGAGGGAGGAUAUUGACUAUGAAGGCAUUAUUGUGAACAAUUAUACUCUUUGGCUGCGAAAGCCUCAUGAACAUAAUAGUUAAGUCACCGUAUUAAUUGUUUGGUCUAAGAUUUAGUUAUGGCAAUUGUUAAAGAUUAAUUGCUGAUUUGGGACUCUUUCUCAAAAAAAUGUUGAUUUGGAACAUACCACUUAUUAUGAAGGCAUUAUUGUGAACAAUUAUACUCUUUUUCUGCGAAAGCCUAAUGAACAUAAUAGUUAAGUG